AUGGAGAUGCACAGUGUCAGGUUCAGCUCACAUCACGACUUUUCUUUCAUCUCCUUUGAGCUCAGCGUGGGACAGAUGGUCAAAAGUAGUGACACAGUUGUCCUGCAGGGGGCAGCAGCGUCAACACAGCAGCGUCAACACUCUUCUUCUGUGGUUAAUGCUAACUUCCGUAGCUUGGCUUUCGUGAACGACCGACUGACAGCUGCUGCGGAGGAAAUAUUUCAUUGUUUUGAGGGAACAAUCGCAAAAUAUGAAGAAGAAGCUUCCAGCUCCAAACAGGAGAUUGAGCGGCUCAGAGGUCUGCUGCUGGAGUUUGUGUCAAACCACAAAGCAGACUUUUCUCAGUCGUCCAUCUGUAAAGAGGAAACUCCCCCUGAGCAGCAGCACUGUGAGCAGGAGCCGAGCCUCAGCGUCGACCCAGAGCUUCGUCACAUUAAAGAGGAAGAUCAUGAACUGUGGGCCGGUCAGCAACAGGAAGAAGAGCAAGAGUUUGAGGAUGCUGACGUCCCGUAUCUACCUCAUUCAUCCCUCUGGGAGAAAAACGAGCAGGGGGACACAAAACCUCCUUUUCAACCUCAGACUCAAAACAGUGAAAGUGAGGAGCCGUUUCAGGAGGAAACUGAAACUGUACGCUUAAUGUUACCUCACGCCUCAACUCUGUCUUCACAAACUCUCAUCCAAAAUGAAGGAGUCCAAGAUGGUAGGGAAAAUGAAAGACCUGCUGCAAGUUUAACGUCAAACAAAACACAGACUGACCAAACUUCUCUCUUCACUUCCAGAGAAUCCACUGACUUAUCUCAUUGGAGUUCAGCUGCACCUGACUAUCGUUGCUGUUUGUGCGAUAAAUUCUUUUCCUCCAAUCAUCACUUGACAAAUCAUGCUUUUCGCAUGCAUUCAAAGAUGGCAGAUGUCCUCUGCGCCGUGUGUGGAAAGAACCUGGAGUCCAACGAAAGCCUUAACCUGCACCUCAAAUCACACAAGGGCUCAAAAUGUUGUCACGUUUGUGGCAAACAGUGCAACAGUACCACCGCAAUGACCGAACACAUAGCCGGCCACGCCGGGGUCAAACUGCAUCGCUGUCAUGUUUGUGGGAAGGAGUGCAGCCGGAAAGGAGAUUUAAAGAUUCAUAUGAGGAUUCACACGGGCGAGAAGCCUUUCUGCUGCUCUUACUGUGAUAAAAGUUUCACCCACAGUGGACAUCUGAAGAAGCACAUGAGAAGCCACACAGGAGAGAGACCGCACCGCUGUGACGUCUGCGGCAGAGGAUUUCUACAGAGCGCACACCUCAAAUACCACUUAGGGACUCACACGCAGAAAUGUUGACUUCUUCCACCUGGUUCUGUGUUUAUCUGUGCACUUAGAGACAUUUAUCAACUCAUUACUUCUCCUACAGCGAAGUGUAAAGGAAUUGGUUUGGUCAUCUAUUCUAUUCCAGGUUACGCUUUAUUUUUAAUGUGCUAAUAAUAAUUUUAGGGACUUUCCUGUCAUUUGAUACUAAUAAUAGGGAAUUCUGAUAUUUUAUAACAUAAAACUCAAAACCUUCUCAUGCCAUCAUGUUAACAUUCAUGCUCACCAGUUGAAAAUGUAUUGAGUAGAAUAUAUGCCAUCCACAUUUACAACAUGUGGAAGAUAAUUUAAUUUAUAAAAGUAUCUGACAUUACUGAAUAAAUAAAGAGUGAGAACAAAUCCGCAGUUUAAAUAAGAACAGAUAAUAGUGGUAAUGAUCCUUUUUGACACUGAGACGUGAGAUUAACCAAAGGAACACUUUACUUUAACCUUCCUAUUUAGCAUUUAUAAUCACUAAAUAAUUAUUUAAUAAAUUAUUUAUAACACGAUGUUGUACGCAGCUAAAAUUUGUCAACAGUUAUAACUUCUCUGAUUAAAAAUAUUCUAUAUUAUUA